AUGUUGUACGUAGCAACGGUUGCUAGGCAAGGGCUGGCCGCGCUGCCCCGGCUGCGGCCGCGGUGUGAGGGGAGGGAGCCUUCGGCCUGGGAUUCGAAGACAUUAGAACACAAUUAUUUUAAUUGGGUUUAUAUCGUUAUGGGUGAUGAGUCAGUACCGUUUUUGCUGGACCAAGGAACCACUAAAACAUAUCAAAUACCUAUUGGUCAUCUGGACUACAAGUUCAUUGAAAAAUGCACAGAUGUUAAACACCUGGAAAAGAUUCUCAGGGUAUUAAGGUCUGGUGAAGAGGGAUGUUAUCCUGAACUUACCUUGUUUUGUGAAAAGCGUAUUGAGCAUUUAGAUCCAAGGAGCAGAGCUCUAAGAAAAGAUAAACCUGCAGCCACAGCUUCUGAUUUCACAGCUGAAGAAUGGGAAUCAAUUAAUAGUGAACUGAUGACCUGGGUGACAGAAAUGAAUGAAGAUGAUAAGAAACCACAGUACCUGAGAACAGACACACUUCAGGAAAGACAAGAUAACUUGCCUCCUAUUCGUUGUUCCAGCAGCUGUCUUCCUGCUAAUCAGAAUCAGAAUGAGGAAGCACAAGUUUCUAGUGCAGGAGAUGGGGAGCUAAACUUCGAGACUGUGGGAUUUGGGUUCGAUGUGGAAAAGGAGUGUUCCAAAAUUAAUGAAAGCUGUGAAGAAAAUGACUCAAAAGCAAGAUUUUUUAGUAGGCCAAGUCUACCUUUAAUCAAAAAGAAAAUAGACACAACUGCAAAGAAAGAGAAGAUUUUCAUUGCUACUCGUGAAAAAGAAAAGGGCAAUGAAGCCUUUGCCAUUGGAGAUUAUGCGGAAGCAGUGACAUAUUACACUCGGAGUAUAUCAGUGAUACCCACUGCAGCUGCAUAUAAUAACAAAGCUCAAGCAGAAAUCAAGCUUCAGGACUGGGAUAGUGCUUUGCAGGAUUGUGAGAAGGUACUAGAUAUGGAACCUGGCAAUGUAAAAGCUCUGAUGCGCCGUGCCACGGUGCACAAUCAGCUGCAGAAUUACCAGACAGCUAUGGAGGAUCUGAGCAAAGUAUUAUGUGUUGAACCAGAAAACGCUAUAGCUAAGCCUGUAUCCAAGACUCAAGGCAAAGGAACAAGAAUACUUAUUCAAGAUAUAGAGGAUUCAGAAGAUGAUGAGGACAGAGGGGAAAAUACAGAACAUGAACAAAGCAGUGGAGAUAAAAAAAGCGCCGUGCCACUGGGAGCCCGGGCGGCGGCCAUGGGGAGCGCGCAGAGAAAGUUUCCCAGCAAAGGCGGUGGCAGUAAGGCGGAAGACAGGGAGGCACCGAAGCAAAAGGAAUCCCCUGACAGCGGGUUAAAAAAAGGCACAUCAGAGAAAAAACCACAGAAGCCUUUGGCAGACCAUGAAGGUGAAGUUAACGGCUAUUUACACAGAGAGAAAAAGAGUGAAAGCCCUGAAGCCGAGAAGAUCCCCAGAUCGCACGGAGCGGGGUCUCGGUCGGCUGGUGGUGACAGUUCUACUUCACUUCCUUCUACUGCAGCAAAACUGAAAACUGAAGGAAACGAGUUAUUUAAGAGUGGGCAGUUUGGAGAAGCGGUGCUCAAAUACUCGGAAGCCAUUGAAUAUGUCAUCGGUCUCGGAGAACAAAGUCCAGAUGAUUUAAGUAUCUUGUACUCAAACAGAGCAGCAUGUUACCUCAAAGAAGGCAACUGCAAUGACUGCAUUCAGGAUUGUAACAGAGCUCUGGAGCUUCAGCCAUUUUCCCUUAAGCCUCUUCUACGACGAGCAAUGGCAAAUGAGUCUAUGGAGCGGUAUCGACAGGCAUACAUUGAUUAUAAAACGGUCCUACAAAUAGACAGCAGCAUCCAAGCAGCAAAUGAUAGUGCUAAUAGAAUAACAAAGACUUUAAUAGAUCAGGAUGGUCCCAGUUGGAGGGAGAAACUGCCACCAAUUCCAGUUGUCCCAGUUGCUGCUCAGCUACACAGAUGGGAUGGAGGAAACUUUACUUCAGAGAAUAAGCCAAGAAGUACUACGGAUACCAACAGAGAAGAACAGUUGCAGAUGAAUCGUGAGAAAGUUGAGGAGAAGUUCAAGACAUUAAAAAAUGAAGGGAAUGAUUUUGUAAAAAAGGGUAAAUAUGAAGAAGCUGUAAAUAAAUACAGCGAAUGCAUGAAGUUAAACACCGAGGAAUGUACGAUCUACACAAACAGAGCUCUCUGUUACUUGAAACUGUAUAAGUAUGAAGAGGCUAAGCAGGAUUGUGAUCAUGUUCUUCAGCUAGAAGAUUCUAAUGUUAAAGCUUUUUAUAGAAGAGCACUAGCGUACAAAGGAUUACAGAAUUAUCAAGCCAGUGUUGAUGAUUUCAAAAGAGUACUUCUAAUAGAUCCAAACGUUCUUGAAGCAAAAAAGGAACUAGAGGAGGUAACCCAGCUGCUUAACCUUGACAGCAGUGCUGUGGCUGGCAGUCAACAGAAGCGAAGGAAGAAAAUAACCAUUCAAGAGGUGACUGAAUCUGAUGAACAGGAAGAGAGAGAGUUUGCUGUACCAGAAGAUGUUGUGACUGAUCAUGUUACUUCUAAGGAAGCAGUUCAAAACUGUGUGCCACUGAAGACCUCUGAGAAACUGUGUGUUUCUGAACCAUCUAAUGCUUAUGACUUUGGUCAGAUAAUAAACGCAGUGAAUACCAGCAAGGAUAAAGCUGCUUGUGCAGAUCUUUUAACAAUUACUGAUCCCAAAAAAUUGCCAGUGCUGCUAAGUAACAAACUUGAAGGAGAAAUAUUUUUGAUUUUUAUCCAGUCAUUGGAAUAUUACGUAGUUGGAAAAGAUCCUGGCCUUGUAUAUCAGCACCUUUUCUACUUGAGCAAAGCAGAAAGAUUUAAGGUGGUGCUGGCCCUUCUUAACAAAAAUGAAAAAGAACAGGUUCGGCAACUGUUUGACUUACUUUUGGAAAACCAGAAUCAUCAGUACUCCUUGGAAGAUCUUGAGAGCCUUAAAAAGGUUUAUGAACUUUAA